AUGAGAGAAAAUGGCUUGAAGAUGAAUCUUUUAAAAUGUGCGUUCGGUGUAUCAGCUGGUAACUUCCUAGGUUUUCUAGUUCACCAAAGGGGGGUAGAAGUUGAUAAAAACAAAGCGCAUGCGAUCAUAAAUGCUGAACCUCCUAAAACCAAGAAGCAACUUCAGAGAUUGAUCGGCCAAAUUAAUUUUUUGAGGCGAUUCAUUUCAAACACAGCGGGCCGAUUAAGAAGUUGGAGAACAUUACUGAAGGCCGGAGGAACAUCUCAGUUCGUUUGGACAGAAGAGCAACAAAAAGUCUUUGACGAGAUCAAGACUUAUUUAGUCAAGCCUCCAGUCAUGAUGCCUCCUAAGCAGGGACAUCCGUUAUUAUUAUAUAUUUCGGCAGCCCACGAAUCGUUAGGAUGCAUGUUGGCACAGGAAGAUCAAGGAGUCGAAAGAUCGGUUUAUUAUCUGAGUAAAAGCCUAACUGACACAGAAAUUCGAUAUUCUACUAUCGAGAAGCUAUGUCUAUGUCUUUAUUUUACAUGCUGUAAAUUAAGAUAUUACAUGCUUCCGGUAGUGGUAUAUGUUUUAUCUCAAACAAAUGUGAUCAAAUACAUUCUGUCUCGACCUUAUCUGAGAAAUCGGCUUGGAAAAUGGGCUAUUGCAAUGUCAGAAUUCACUUUAGUAUAUGUUCCACAAAAAGCCGUUAAGGGACAAGCACUAGCAGAUUUUUUAGCCGAUCAUCCCAACAUCCCAAUCAAGGAGGUAGCUUGCUUCGAUCUAAUUCCGUGGAAGCUUUGGUUUGACGGAUCUAAAACUAAUAAAGGGACAGGUGCAUGGAUAUUAAUUGUCUCGCCGCAAGACUUGGUUUUUCGAAUGUCCUUUUCACUAACAUUCCAAUGCACUAAUAAUCAAGCGGAGUACGAAGCGCUGAUCAUUGGAUUGGAAGUCCUGGCCGAGCUAGGAGCUAAAGCGAUUCAAGUAAAAGGAGACUCCUUGUUAGUUAUUAAGCAAGUUAUUGGCGAAUUCAAAUGCGAAUCAGACGUCUUGAUUAAGUACUGCAAUAAAGCCAAACACCUCAUGGAUGGUUUCUCCAAAACAUGGAUAGAGUUCACGGAAAGAGCAGAAAAUGAAGAGGCGAACAACUUAGCCCAGCAUGGAAGUGGAUACAAAAUCAUGGCAGGUUUUGAGGUUAUUGAGAGAACAACGCCUUGUCUUCACACUAGGGGCAUAGUACCAGAUGAUUGCAGAUCGGCAUAUCACUUGGACACGACGGCCGAUUGGAGGAAAGAAUUGAUCGACUGGUUUAGACAUCCAGACCCGACGAAUCGGCGAAUCAGAAUGUUGGCCACCAACUAUGUGAUUCUAGCUGACGAAUUGUACAAACGAUGUCGGGAAGGUCUAUUGUUCAGAUGUGUAGGACCAAAAGAAGCUAUGUUGGUCAUGGCUGAAGUUCAUGAAGGAAUCUCGGGGGCACAUCAAGCUGGGCCAAGAAUGAGGUGGUUAAUACACAAAUACGGCUUUUAUUGGCCGAAAAUGGAACAAGAUUGUAUCCGGUACGCCAAAGGAUGUGAAGCUUGUCAGAAAUUUGGACCGGUUCAACACGUUCCAGCAGACGUAUUACAUUCGAUCAUCAAGCCGUGGCCAUUUAGAGGAUGGGCAGUAGACCUGAUCGGCAAAAUUUACCCACCAUCGGCGAAAGGACAUACUUUCGUGAUCGUUGCGACAGACUAUUUCACGAAAUGGGUAGAAGUCAAGCCGUUGAAAUCGCCAACACAAGACGAAGUAAUCAAAUUUUUCAAAGAAAAUUUGAUUCAUCGACAUGGCCUUCCAGAAACUAUUACGACCGAUCAAGGAACUAUGUUUACUGGAUCGGACAAUGUAGCUUUCUCGAAAGAGUACGGUUUUUAA